UUGAAAUAUAAAAUGGGCAACUACUGCACUAAGCUUAGGAGUUUGGGAUGCCAAGAAAUGAGCAUUAACUCCAUGAAAAUCAGAAAGCCUGCUAACUCCUCAAGUCCUAAUCAAGUGAAGAAACCCAGGAGAGCUGAAGUCAAUUUCUGCCCCCAUUACCCAGCUGGAGAAGACAAAGAAAGUCUUGAGAAGGAGCGAGUGAAACUGCUGUCUGAGGUCAAGAGAAGGAACAACCAUCAGGUGAUAAAAGAGAAAAUGGAGAAAACCUUUGCUCAUCAGCAGUAUGAGGUGGUUCAAGACAUGCCCUUCAUCGCAGAAUUUAAAAGUAGAUGGCCAGCUCUUUUUAUGGAACAUGAGGUAAGUGCAGAGUUCACGUGGAUUACCACCAUCCCGCUGAUCCCAAAGUUUAUGUCACAGCUGGACCAGUACUCUGACAAGUUGGCCGGAGUGCUCUGUAAGAAAGGAGGAGCAGCAGGGCGCAAAAUCAAAAACAUUAUGGCUGUCAUUGACCAGGACGACUCCAUUGAAACAAGGAGAGCUUGCAGCCUCCAAGCACUAGCUUUGUAUCUUAAUGAUGACCCUGAAGAGCUAGUGAAGGAAUACGGAAGUGAGGACCCUGAUGGAACCCAGAGAGAUUUGGAUCAGAUGCUCAUCCGCAUCUAUGGGAUUAAAAAUCCAGGUGCAGGUGUUGAUCAGCUUCCAGAAGAUGUUGGCAUCAUAGUUGAAGGUGUGCAGGUGCUUCAUGGACUCAAAGAUGUCACCACUGCUUGUGCCUUACUGUUUGGGAUCAUCUACGACCUGAACCUGAGCUAUCCAACUAACCUAAGGUACACUUUUGAAUUCAUUCAAAAGAUCCUGAUGAAACUUGAUACACACAGGCUUUCGACCAAAAUCCAAGUACUCAGAAACAAACUGCUGGAAUGAAUACAUGAAGCUAUUACAGUAUUGUGAUCUGGAGACUAUUCAGUGUGCUGAAAUGGUGUUGUUAUCCUGUUUACUGGAGCUGU